UUCGAGUUUUGACUCGGUUUUCUUCAGCGCAACUGAGGAAGACGACCAUGGAGUGAUAGUUAGUGAGUACCGAGUUAGGGUUUCAAAUUCAACUCACUGAGUCAAUCUUACAUUUUAAUCUCCUUUUUUUCCUUCUCCCUUUGACCGGAGAAAACUCUGCUUCGAUCCCUCCUUUCAUUAUUUUUCGAUUUUCCAGCAAUUUUUUUACGUAUUCCGGUGGCACUAGGAGAACACAAAUCGAUUCAUUGAUCACAUGAUUCGGUUUUAACUUCAAAAGUCUUUACUGAAAUUUUCUACUUGCUAUAUUGGCUUUGAAUUGAUUCAGUCCUUUACGGUUUUAUUUCUGGCUUUUGCAGAAAAAUAAAGAUAAAAUUUAUUGGUUUGGUGUUCUAAUAAUAAACUUUCUUGUGCAUUUUUUAGCGUCUUAUGAAAACGUCAUAUGCCUGAACCCUGAAGAGAAUAUUUUUUUGCUGUAUUGAUGAAAUUGUUUUAGUGAAUUCUGCAAAAAUAUAAGUUUUUUUUCUUCAUAUAUUUCAAUUUUGGAAAAUAGACCAGUGAUUUUAAUCUAGACUUAAGCACAAUUGAUUAACUUGUACCUUUUGGAAUUGAAUCGAUUUUGAUAUUUGAGGAAAGACAUUUCAUUUUUUUUUACUGCACUUGUUGAAUCUUGUUUUUCCUUUCUCAAAGACUUGAUUUAAUUAAUUCCUUCUUAUUUUCUGUAGUAACAGGGUUUGUUUUGUUUUGUUGGGUUGAAUUGAUCUCUUUUCCUUUUUGAUUUUUGAAUUAAUCAUUUUCCUAAUGUAGUGGUGUCACUGCACUGGCAGGAACCACUCGCCAUUUCGACUCUUGUUGGUGUUCUAUAUUUGGCCUUAAUUCGAUGACUUACUCGAACAAAAAUAUCUCUAGUGGAAAAUAUUUAUGAUAUAAACAAAAAAAUUCAGCGACUUCCCUUUAUCUUCACAAAAUCUUUGGCUUCCUAAAAGACUUUGAAUUGGUGUUGGAGUUGGAAGCAUGUCUAUCUCUUUGACCCGUUUGGCAUGGUCAAUGUGGGGAGGGAGAGGAAAGGAGAAAAAGCCCGUUUCUUCCAAAGCCUCUGCUUUGAAUUCCAAACAAUCUUCUGAAUGGGGUCUUGCUAAGGAGACAAAGAUGGGCCCACCACAUAGGAAAGUUGGAAGGAACAAGGAAGAGAGAAGAGUGGAUAGAGAGUACGAUGAUGAUGUUGUGUUGGUACCAUGUGAUAAUGAUUGUAACUGUGAUUGUUGCUUGUCUGGUUCUGAAUCUGAUGACUCAGAUUGGUCCAUUGGGUGGUUGGAGCCUCUAGCCUCUGAUUUUCGGAGCAAUGGUGAUGAUGGUUUUGCAGUGCUGGUUCCUUGCUAUAAACCUAGCUGCUGCAAGGUGGUGGAGGAGGCAUCAAACAAGGCGCUUUUGGGUGUCAUCAAGAACCUCUCCAAUGAAUUUUCUUCAGCUGGGAAGAAUUACAUGGAACAAUGGCUGGCUUCUCUUCAGAAUUUUGAAGCGUAGAAAGAAAACUACAUCAUCUAAUGGACCUUUUUGACAAAACGCUACAAGUAAAUAGAAAGUUGAUAAAGAGUCUGUGAGUAUUAUAAAUCUUUUCGUACGGUUUUCAAUUUUUACCAUAAAAAUAAAAAGUCGACGAAGAGUACAAUAAGAACCGCUAUGGUACGGUCUUGUCUCCAAGGUCACGUUUCUAUAAUUAACUACAGUAGGGAAGCUCAAAUGCCUAGUCUCUUCACUGUAGAUGCCACUUUGUUAUACGUAGUAAUAGAACGAAAAGGUAGCAAAACCAUUUUGAAAGAAAGGUUUCACGAGCUAUACGCUUUAAGCAGUUUAGUUUUACUUUA